AUGCAAUUUACAGAGNCACCAUCAACAAACGCAACAACAACAAUAGCACCACCACCAUCAACAAACGCAACAACAACAAUAACACCACCACCAUCAACAAACGCAACAACAACAAUAACACCAACAACAACACCGAAAGAGAUUGAUAAACAUGAACUAAUUGGUGAAGCAAAAACAAUUUUGGAAAAAGGUCAAAAAUUUUUGGUUCAACAUCGUAAUGAUCCUGAUGAAAAAUCGAUAUUACUAUAUGUAGCUGAAAUGGCUGAAAUUGAGAUUUUAUUAUCAAAAAUUGAAAUGACAUCGAAACAAGAACAUUUGAAAGGUUAUAAACAAGAAUUGAAGAAACAUGAAGAAGUAAUAAACGAUUUAGAAAGACAAAUUCUGCCAACAACACCAACAACACCAACAACAAAAAAAACUCGACAACAAACAUCGAUUUUGUCAUAA